GCCAGGAGGAUUCGUCCAAAAUGCUAACGCACAUGAGAUCUUCAUUCAGAUGGAAAAAGAAAACAAGUUGAAACUGGGAAAUCUCUCACUUUUGGCAAACAUCUUGGAAAAAAUUGGGAGACAUGACUACGCUGAACUGGCGAGGCAGGUUGCUGCAGAUGAACAAAAAGUAUUGUCGACAAAGUCUGGUUCAUCGCCUAAAAAAGGAACAAAGUCCCAGAAACCUCCCUGUAGUAGUGUGGAAGAUACCCCAGAUGAAAGCAUUAAGGCUCCAGACGGUUUAAACGUUAUUGAAAAUAAGAAUGAUAGUGUCAAGUUAGGAUGGACAAAAGUCAGUUCGAACCAGAUCAAUGGCUACCGUCUGGAACAGUCUUUUGCAUUCGAAGACAAGUGGAUCUCUGCACAAGGCCGCAGGAAAAUGCUGCCUGCUACAAUCACAGAGUUCACAGUUGUCAACUUGGCGCCAUAUGAAGAAUAUCACUUCUGUAUUAGAUCAGCCUUAGACAGGAGAGGCGAGCUUGUCCUUAGUGAGAGAUCCGUACCACUCUACGUUGUAACCAGAGAGCAAAAUCAACCAUACCCACCAAGAAUGAUAAGGGUGGCAGACCGCACACAGGUAUCUCUCUCGUUGACAUGGAAAGAGCCUGUACCAGCCCCUGAUGUCAACCCAGCCUCCUACGAAUAUGUCGUUGAAAUGUGCAUCCACGGUAAAGACAGAACGCUGAAUACAUGGACAGAAUAUUGCAGAACAACACAGCGGAAGUGCACAAUAAAUGUUCAACAUAAUGGUGACUACAGAUUCCGUGUUUUGACCAACAAUAAGGAACACAAAAUCAGCAGCCUUCCAGAAGAAAUGGGAGAUCCAGGCAUAUCUAUCCAUGUGGAGGCACGAUCAGGAGGGUUGAUACAGUUUCUCAAAGCACGAUGGCCUUUCUUCACAAACCCUACUAAGGAAGAGGCAGGGAGCAUCGUCUUCAUCAUCUCUUGCCACGACCUGGAUGGUCUGCGUGAACUGUGGAUGAACUAUAAACUUGGAAAAGUCAAUAGAUUUCUGGACGACCUGUUUGCUCGACAAGCCAGACUUUCGUCCGUAGAGACGGAUACAGACCUGGAGAUUAAGAUUGACAAGGGGGAUUUUUACGCCUGCCGUCAACAUCUGCUUCUAACCAGCCCUAUCGAUAAUGGUUAUCGGAUGGUGAGACUUGGAGGUCCCAAUUUCGAAGCAUCGACGGCAGGCAAACAGCAGGGCCUGAGUGAGGAUUUCCCAGUCUACUGUAAACCAAUAGCUCACAAGGCAACCUGCUCACAACUGGACUUCCUGGACCCUGCAGUACCUAUGGACCAGCUAGUUCAAAUACAGGCGACCCACAAGAGCAUGUCGGUCGCAAUAGAGGACUUGUUGGAUGCUGAACACACAGCAAGGGGGCAAGACUAUGGGAGGAAACAAAAGCAAUGGAAGACGAACCAAGAGAGGGGGAAAAGAAAAGGAAAGAAGGCAGACCCAGGAGCAGAAACAGACCCAGAGAUGAAGACAAAGAAAGAGACAGUAUUGUCGACAAAGUCUGGUUCAUCGCCUAAAAAAGGAACAAAGUCCCAGAAACCUUCCUGUAGUAGUGUGGAAGAUACCCCUGAUGGUGAGUAG